UUUAGAUCUUGUAAUAUUGUUUUUACAAUAAUAAAAGUUAAUGGCUUAGUAUUGUACAUCGGUCAUGUUUCAAUAUUUUAAAGUUCAGAGCACACUAGUUAAAAAUAUUCAUAUAGAACAGCUGAGAAAGACUUCAUUGCGUUUAUUUUCGUAUUCCAAAGUAUCAUUUGGCUUAAAUAAUGAAAAGUCUAAAGAAUUUUUAGAAGAUCAUAAGCAAAUUGCAGUUACUAAGCACAUCCCAGUUACAAAAAAGACAUUACUAAACAAAAUCAUUAAUGAAAGAAAUAUGCAGCAUUUCAAAAAAGAAAAUAUGCAAAAUGGCAAAACAGAGAUUUUAGAAUUUGCUAAACAUCUUGAAUAUUCUUGUUUAAAAGAUUCUUUGAUUGGACUUUCUGAACUUCAGCAAUUGUAUGUAUCUCUAAAUCCUGAUAAAGAGUCUGUUUCAGAGUUUCAUGUUGGGAAAAAACAACACUUGGAUAAUGAGUUCGUUUUAUUACAAAAGGUCGCUUCACUUUUACAAAUGGCUAAAUUCCAAGAAUUAACACAUGAUCAAAUACCAUACACUCUUGGUAAACACCCAGUUUCUGAGGGUGUUCUUAUUCAUAUUGAUUUAAAUCAGUAUGAUGUUCUUCGAAUUUGGAUUUUGGGUGAAGAAGAACAGUCUUUAAUUCAUGGGUGGAGAGACACAAUGAAAUAUUUUUUUAUGAACAUGUUCAAAAAGCAGCCAAAAGCCAUUUCAAUAUAUAAUCGUGUAGUAAUUGCAGUUCGACUUAAAAAGCAAAAUAAACUUCUUUUUAAAUCUUUCAAAGAUUUACCACAGUCCAGUAUAGAGUAUGUUUUACCUGAAGCUAGUAUUACCAUGUCAAUAAAUGAUAAAAAGCUUAUUACAACAUUUGCAUCAGCUUGUGGUUUGAGUAUUCUGAUUAAAUUAUGUACUAUCUUUAUAGACUAUAAUGCUAAAUGGACUUUUAUUGUUGGAAGCGUAUCUGGAUUGUUAACUUUACAUACUUGGAAUUCAUAUGUAAAAAAAAGAAAUCAAUACUUGAAUAAUACAUCAAAAAUACUAUAUUAUAAAACAUUAGCAACUAAUAAAAAUAUAUUGCAAUUAAUAACAGAUUCUGCCGUUAAUGAAAUUUUAAAAUCUACUUUAUUAUGUUACAUAUUUAUCCAAAACAUGAAAGAUUCAAAACCAGUUUCAGAAACAGAGCUAGGGAUUACUGUGCAAGAUCUAGAAUUGUCUAUUGAGAGUUGGUUUUUUAAAGAGUUUCAUAUUCAAUUAGACUUCGAUGCUCAAGAUGGUCUUCGAAAAUUAGAGCAAUUAGGUUUAUUAAAAGUGACUAGGAAAGGUUUAAAGACUCAUUUAGAUGUGCUUACCCUUAAUCAAUCAAUAAAUACUUUGUCUAAGAUCUCUGCAACAACUGAUGUUAAUUUAGUAGACAUUCGCAGUAACAAUCUGUUGGAAAUAAAGAAACUUCCAUUAGAUAUUAAUUUAUACAAAGAGAAGUUGCUGCAGGAGCAAACUGAAACAUUUUCUCGAGGAUGGAAUUAAAUUUUAA